UUUUACUAGCUGUGUAAGAUACUCCUGGUGCUGGUUAGUUGAUGGUGAAGUAUUAUGGCUAGCACACCCAUACACUAUGUUGUCAAGCAAGCUUGACUGCAAGUUUGCUCUAUUCUAGCGCUAGAUAAUUACGUGCAGUUGAGCUGAAAUGAAAAAAAGGAAACCAGGGAAGCAGCAGGACUUCGAAGACAAAGAUUACGGUGUCGCACAGAUUGUUAGCAAACUAGCUAGAUCUUCAUGAAUUAAGGGAAAGUUUACACCAGGAAAUGAAAAUGUUGUCAGAGGGCAGCUCCUUCCUGAAGGGAUUGCUGCUUGGGGCGCUGUUCUGCCUGCUGCUGUCCUUGCUGGGGAGUCUCAGCUCAGAGCCCCAGCCCAACACAGAGCAUGGUGACGACCACGGUGAUGACCACCACCACCACCACAUCAAGGCUCCCAGCAAGGAGGAGCUGCAAAGAAUGCCAGAGGACCUGAGGAUGCAGCUGAGCCAGAACGUGCGGGUGUAUUGCGCCAUCAUGGUGCAGCCCAAGAUCCUCAACUUCUGGGCCACCGCCAAGGACACCUGGAGCAAACACUGUGACAAGGCAGUAUUCUACACCUCGGAGUCGGCCAAGGCCCUCGAGGCGGUAGACCUGCAGGAGAAGGACGAGUGGCCGAAGAUCCGCAAGGCUCUGAAGCACGCCUUCGAGAAUGCCGGAGACCUGCGCUGGUUCUUCCUGGCACGGGCCACCACCUUCGCUAUCAUCGAGAACCUCAAGCACCUGCUGCUGAUCAAGGACUCCAGCCAGGCCUUCUACAUGGGCAACGUGGUAAAAGCCGGGGAGUUGGAGUACGUGGAGUAUGACAGCGGCAUCGUGUUCAGCUAUGAGACUCUGCGGCAGCUGGUGAGGAUUUUCAAUGAUGAAGAGCGGUGCCCGGAGCGCGGCCGCGCCCUGUGGAAGCUGAGUGAGGAGAAGGAGCUGGCCCUGUGUCUGAAAUACACGGGGGUGUACGCCGAGAAUGGGGAGGACUCGCGCGGGAAGGGGCUCUUCAACAAAAAGAGCGUCAGCGCCCUCAUCUCCGAGGGCCUGGCCAAAAGCCCCUCCAACGUGGUCGAGAACUGCUGCCCCGACCUCGCCGUCACCUUUGGUGGCAUGUCGCCCAACCAGAUGCAGGUCAUGAUGUUUGGUGUUUACAGGCUACGACCAUAUGGGCACAUAUACCAUGACUCUUUGAUAUUUAUGCCACCUGAGGGCUCAGAUAAUGAUUAAAUGUGACUGACUAUAUUUGCCAAAUGUAUUGAUGGAGUUGGAAUUUAUGUACGUCCAACAUACUCGCACACAGAGGAAUGUCCGUUACCUUCACCUCAAGCACGCUCUGGAAAACUGAUAAAAGAUCGUAAAGGGAUGUGAAAUAACUGAUCAUGGGAGGUGGUUAGAACAGACGUAAUAGCCUAUGUAAUAUGAAAAUAUAAACCAAAGUUACUACUAAGCAACUUUGUUUUUCAUUCCUGUUUGAUUUUCUUCUGUUUGUUACUUUUGUUGUUGUCUGUUAUCCCAAAUUGUUUCAACUGCCAGUCACUGGUUCAUGAGCCAUUUUUCACUAAUUGCAAAGAGACAGACAGGGUACAUGAACUUUCUUUUACUUGUUAAUGUGUCACCUGUGGUAUCUGGGAGUUGAAGUCGCAUCUAUACCAUGAUGCCUGAAAUUGUCAGUGACAGCUUUUGAAAGAGAGAGUGUAUUGACAAAAAAGCCUUAUUGCCUUAUUCUAAACUGAACUGCCUCUGUAUUCAAUGAAAUAAACUGCAAAACUCCCCAAUUCAUCAACAAGGCUUUUCAAAAUGGAAAACAGAACCACCCCCUUGGUCAGCUAAACUGGGAAAAAUAAUAAUGUAUGAUUGAGUCAGUGGAAAAAUAAUACCUGGCUAGUAAAGGAAUGUUGUGCAGAGCAAAUGAAAGCACUGUACUAUAGUUGUAUUAAUAACACAUACAAAAAAACAUCUAGGUUAUUUUUGAUUGCUUAACCUUCAGCUGCAGCUGACUGAACUGCCUCAUAAGAAGGCAGCAUGUUACAGUAGCAGCAUUUCAUUUGUUUCCUGUAAAUGUAACAGAAUAUUUCGCCAGGGAAUUCUGGAAUGACUCAUCAGUUAGAGGGAUUAUUCAUUAGAAUGCCUAACUCAGCAUUUGAGCUGAC